CCUCUUACUUGGUCUACACAGUUAUAUGUGUGAGAAUUGUUCAAUGUUAAAAGCAGGUUAGAACAUUUGGAAAUGAAGGAACUGGAAAUUAAAUGCAAGAUCAGCAGGAACGUGGUGGCUAACCAACCUUAUUGGAUUGCUAAAAGAACAGGUGGCAGUGUUGUAAAUGGAUAUAGAAACAGGGCAGCUUGAAUGGCAGGCCAUGAACCAAACAAGAAAAGAAAACUUGGACUUGGUAGGCUCAAAAAUGGCAAAUGAUGGUGCUCAGUCCUUGCAGCAAGAAGAUGCUUAGGAUCUAGAGAAAAAAGAAAGUGGCAGGGAAAAAACUCAAAAGAUAUCAAAUGAUGGACUCAAGUAGUUAAAAGCUCAACCGGUGGGUUAGUGGGCGCAAUGACUAAAGAUAGCAAAGCACAAGCAUGAGAGAACAGGGAAAGGAAGGAAAGAGCAAAAAAUACAUUUAUUAAAAGGGUAAGAGAUUAUGGUAUAAAUGGGCGUACCUACAAUAGUACAAGUGAUUUUUUAAGGGACAAGUUGCAUGGGAGGGAUCAAAUCUAUCCAGCAAGAAGGGUUGGAAAAUUAAGUGAAGAGAGCUUUAGGCCUAGCAAAGUUAUCUCGAGGAGUUUAGAAGACAAAUACCAGCUUCUAAGCCAAAAGAGGCUUUUGAAGGGCUCCUUCUUUUUAGAUGAAGAUCUAAACCCUUUGCAAGAGGAAGCUAGAAGAGGGAAAUUGACCAAAGUAAGAACAGAAAGGAAUGAAUGUAAAAGGGUGUGGCUGCAAAAUAGAAAAGCAAUCAUUAUCAAUUUUUUGUCACAAAACACCACAGUGCAAUGAGAGAAUAGUAAAGGGAAAUAAAAUAUAACAAUGGCACUAACAUACGUGGCACAACAAGAAUGGGUUAAAAAACUACAAAUUCUGAUUUGGGCCUUUGAUACCAGGGAAAAAAGCAAGGUGAGCAGUUAAAGCAAGUGCGUUGUAAUUCAGUAGAGGUUACCCAUGGAGAAGGGGACUUGGGUUAGGGCCUAUUGCUGUUAGUAGAGACAUAAUAUGUAUCAUGGGAACUCAUGAGCAUGAUGGGUGCAAGAGACCUACUUUUGAAGGCUAUACGAAAUUUGCAAUUUGGAACGAGGCAGUUGGAAAUGGCAAAGGGAGAUCUAUGAAAAUUGUUAGAUACAGCAAUGGCAGGCCAGUCUGAUCCUCAACUGUCACUUUUCUCCGCAGGAGAGGUUGAAUUUCUUGCAGAGGAUGAGAUGACAAAUAUUAUUCCUAAUGUUCGGAUGGAUGCUUUGAAUAUGAUUUGUGGAGAUUUUGGUCCUUUUCGCCCUCAAAUACCUGUCAAAGUUCCACUAUGGCUGGCCAUUGCACUAAAGAAACGUGGCAAGUGUAGAAUACAGCCACCAGAUUGGAUGUGUGUUGAGAGGUUGACGCAAGUUCUAGAUUCUGAGCGUGAAGCCCCCAGAGAAUUUGAACCAUUGCCAUUCCAUUACGUGGAAAUAUCAAGACUGCUUUUUGACUAUGCACGCGAUGACAUACCAGAUAUCUACCUAGUCAGGUCAUUAAUAGAGGAUAUUAGGGAUGUGAGAUUUCACAAGGUCGAGACUGGUUUAGUGUUAAUUAAUUCAAGAAAUCAUGGAAUGAAGUUAAAAAACCUUUCUGCAAUGGAGGUAAAUCUAGUACGCCCGUUUAUGGUGAGAGCUUUCCAAGCUUUCGAUAAACAUGAUUCUGGAGAUCAACAAGCCUUAGAUGGAAACAGCCAACCUACAUCUAUAGACCGGGGCAAAAGACGUACGCUUCGACCUCGCUAAACAUUCCAGAUGUUACUGCUAACCCACAUUUUCUCUCAGGUAGAAAAUUCAAGAAUGACUACAGUUUGUACCAUGGAAUAUGCUAAUGUUGCUCACACAACAUACGUAAUUUUAAAAUCUUAGAAGGCCUAAUAUUUCGCAUUUCGAGCAGGCAAAUCUAACAGUAUUGUCUCGGUAAAAGUUACCUUGUAUAAGUUACCUUGUAUGCUAUGGAAGCUAACAGUUUGGUAGUGCGCCUUUUUUGAUAGUGGUUUGUUUUUAAAAUUUCGAACUUAUGGCUUUAAGUACUUUUCCAUAUUACAUGGCCGUCUUCAAACAGUUUAGUUAGCUCUGCAUGUUCAACCUGUUUUUAGAAUGCCAUUUAAAGAAGAAGGUGACAAUCUUAACGUCCACGAAGUUAAACAUAGCCUCUGGAACAAGACUAAUAAGUGUAUUGACUGUACAUUUAUAAAUGUUGAAAGAGCUCAAGACUAAGUGAUUAGUCUAUUGACUGUACAUGUUGAAAGAGCUCAAGACUAAGUGUAUUGGCUGUACAUUUAUAAAUGUUAAAAGAGCUACUUUGAA